AUGCCGACAAGACAAUCUCGUGUGCUCUCUAGCGGCAAUGCGACAAAUGCUGGCUUUACAUAUCGUUUAGCAGCAGCUGCAUCUGGCAAGAAAUCUCCACCUCGCUCACCCAAAGGAGGCCGUGAUUUCUGGUACUACACUUCCACCAAUGCCAAUGCUCAACCACCGUAUCUACGAUCCACAAAGCCUCAAUCAGGGGAAGACGCCUUCUUUGCAGCUACAAUAGGCGGCAGUGAGCACCACGUUGCAUUCGGCGUAGCAGAUGGCGUCGGAGGAUGGCAAGAUUCUGGCGUGGAUCCUUCAGAGUUCAGCCACGGGCUCAGUGGACUCAUGGCAGGCACCGCAUACUUACACGAGGGUCUGACGGAGGGCAAGAAUGCGCGGCCACAAGAUCUGAUGCAAGUCGCAUACGAUGCAGUCAUAGGCAACCCAAGGAUCUUGGCUGGAGGUUGCACGGCAAGUCUUGCCGUUGCUUCUGCGGACGGUAGCAUGGAGAGUGCGAACCUGGGCGACUCCGGGUUCCUGAUCAUAGGACCCGGCAAGGUUGCACAUCGAUCAGAGGCUCAGACUCACGCGUUCAACACGCCAUACCAGCUGUCAAAGGUUCCCGCGAAGAUGCAGGCUCAGCACGCCAUAUUUGGAGGCUCUACGCAUCUGUCGGAGACGCCAAAGCAGGCAGACGUUGAAAAGCACAAGCUGAAGCACGGUGACAUCGUAGUGUUCGCAACAGACGGGGUUUGGGACAACCUCUCGGCACAAGAUACCCUUGGCAUAGUCACCAGAGUCAUGGAGGAGCAGGGAGGCUGGUUCAAGAGUCACAACUUUGCUGGAGCCGAGACAUUGCUGAAUGAGAGCAUGGUACGAUCACUACCUAGAGCUAUCACGGAGACUAGUGAUGAGCAGUACCUACCAGGACUUCUGGCGACGGCUGUCAUGCGGGAGGCGAAGACUGCUGGUCUCGAUCAGAAGCGAAAUGGGCCUUUUGCAAGAGAAGUUCAGAUGAGGUUUCCGCAAGAGGGCUGGCAGGGCGGCAAGCCGGACGAUAUCGCGGUUGUGGUGUGCAUCGCGGUCGAAGAAGUUCCUGUACGCAUUACUGGCGACGAGGGAAAACCGAUAAAGGCCAAAUUGGAGCAGACUACGGCCAGCGAUGUGUCUUGCUACAUGCUGCACUCGUUGGUCGUCAGUGUCACGUCGGGACACAACCCUGUUGUCUGGCUCCGCUGGUAA